AGCCCAUCAAUCAUCAAUUUAUCCCCACCAAGUACGACAUCGUUUUUCCUGGUCUCCCAACAAAACAGCCUAAUUGAAAUCUGAACCAAACCCUAAACCCUUUGCUUCCCCUUCUUCAGUACUUCAAUGGUGGAGGAGAAAGAGAGCGAACAAAAUGACCAAAACACCCUCGAGAGCCAACCCAAUUCACAGCCCACUCCACUCUCCAAAAACGCACAAAAGAAACUGCUGAAGCAGCAAAAAUGGGAAGCAAAGAAAGCAGAGAAGAAAGCACAAGUGAAGGAGCAAAAAAUGAAAGAAGCAGAGAGAAAGAGAAAAGAAUGGGAGGAGAGACUAUCAAGCUGUGCAAGUGAAGAAGAAAGGUUGAAGCUUAUAGAGUCAAGGAGAGAGUUAAGGAAAGAGAGAAUGGAGAAGAGGGCAGAAGAGAAAGAAGACAAAGUGCAGAGGCUUAGUAAGGCUAAAGAAUUUGGUCAGAAUAUAGUGAUUGAUCUUGAGUUUGCUGAUCUCAUGACUAACAGUGAGAUUCACAGUCUUGUUCAACAGAUUAUGUAUUGUUAUGCUGUGAACAGAAGAUGUACAUCCCCCGGUCACCUCUGGUUGACUGGGUGCAGGGGGGAAAUGGAGAACCAAUUGCAAAGGCUCCCAGGAUUUGAUAAAUGGAUUAUUGAGAAAGAAAGUCAGUCAUAUAUUGAUGCAUUGCAAGAUCAAAAGGAGAAUUUGGUGUAUCUUACAGCAGAUUCUGAAACAGUGCUAGAUGAACUCGAUCUUAAGAAAAUAUAUAUCAUUGGUGGGUUAGUAGAUCGGAAUCGGUGGAAAGGCAUAACCAUGAAGAAAGCAAGUGAGCAAGGAAUCCAAACAGCAAAACUUCCUAUAGGCAGUUACUUGAAGAUGUCAAGUUCUCAGGUACUUACUGUAAACCAAGUGGUAGAGAUCCUACUCAAGUUUGUGGAAAUAAAAGAUUGGAAAGCUUCCUUCUUUCAAGUAAUUCCUCAAAGGAAAAGAGGUGAAACUGAUUCAGAAGAACUCCCGGGAGUUGAUGGAGAAGAGUUGGAGAACGAAGAUGACCCGUCUGAUAAGAAAAAGCGAUGCAUUGAAGUUCGUUCCACGCAGUAGAACUAACUUGAAUGAUUAGCAUUUGAAUCUUUGCAGGCAUUUAACUUUGUCAAAAGACUCCCCCCCAAAAAAAAAUGUCAGGAGAUUCCGACUGAAAAUGUCAAUUUAUCUCUUCAAUGAGAGAGACUCACUUUUCCAUUCACUAUGCUCCUAUAUGGCGUUGAUCAAAACUUUGCCAACUCUUAUUUUGCCACUCGCCCCCUGUUUCCUUGUACACCUGAACGAGGCUAUUGACAGGCUACUUGAAUUUUGAUCACAGGCCAUGUUUUCGGCAUCUAGUUUCCAUAGCAUGGUGGCAGUGUGUUCGUUCCGUAAACGAAAGGUCGCGGAUUCGAUCCUUGUUGGGGGCUUUCCUUCUCAAAUGCUUGCCUCCGUUGAUAAUUAUGCCCACAGGAGCCAAGUCUCCAUUGUUUUAUAUUUUUUUCAUUUAAUGGUUUUUAUUGAUGAAAAAUUUAAUUUAAA